UAAAUGCCCAGAAUGUGCUGACUAUGUCCGGCUAUUCUUCACCUUGACACCAGCCAUCGUGACAAUAGUUGCUCUCAUAAUGAUCUUGUUUGGUUUUAAGACGACAGUCAUGAUCUCCUGCAUAAAUACAGCCAACCGAGAUGACAUAUCUACCCAGACAGAUCCCAGUAGGUACCCCCCAACCCUUCCUCUUACUGACAGUAUUUGGACAGUUAACGAAGAAGACGAGGCUGAAUCYGUAAACCAUUACGAUGUUCCCCASCAAAUCKCAGAAGACUUAAAAAGCAAAAAUAUACGUAGUCACAGCGCACCAGUACUGAACGGUAUUUCACGUGACARGGGGGGUGCACCUCUGCUAAUAGCUGCCCUGAUGCCUAGAGUAGAAUCUAUUUCAUCGUCAGUUCAAUCCAUCAAAGAUAAAGCCGCUUCGAAAGCAGAGACGGUAGAACCACAGAUGUCUAUUUCAUCGUCAGUGCGUUCUGCUGCUGAUCCAACAGACGAAACGAUAACWGCUCCUUUAAGAAUGGAGAGCUUGCCGCUACUACCUGUUAAGCAGUCUUCUACGAGCUCUACUCAGCCAUCAACAACGUCGUUGUGUAAGACAGUAGACGGUGUUCCAUUGACAGCAGAAAAAGUGGUCAUUUUUUCCUAUGAUUCGUUCGUGGCUGGGGGGAUAUCUGCGCACUCCUCAGUUGGCGCCCAACUGCCUAAAAUCACAGGUUUACCGACAGACAGGAAGCUGUCGAUAGAAAAACAGCCUGAUUACAAUAGAAUGCCUUUACUGCCUUCCACAGAUUUGUGACCGCGUUGUUGAACAGCGAGAAGCUAUUGAAAUCAAGGAAGCGUACUCGAGAGAGAGUAUAUUGAGUCGAGCRCUGGAGAGCUGCUUUUCUCGUUGUGCUGUGGGCGCAAUAGUUUCACAGAAUCAAAUAAACUGUUCGUUAGGAAACUUACUCUACUUUCACUAGACGGACAGUAGCGGCUAUUCGCGUCCAAAUUUUAUUGCACUAUAGUUCAGUAUUGGACACAAUGUCUCGUAUUCCAAAACUACAGACAGAUCUUUUAAUAGUUUUUGAACAUGAUUUGUUGUAAGAAUAGAGUAUGUUGUUUGUUGUAAAGUUUGCCUACCCCCUCCUCUACCCCUAAAAGYCCAAAGAAGAUUACAACCUAGCCGCCGCAAGAAGAACAAAACUUAAUUAAUCAGUACUUUACAAAUCAAACGUUAUCGUGAUGUUUUAGUGAAUAAAAUUGUUUAUGCAUUGA